CCUGCGGCUCGGCGGAGCGCGCGUGCGGUCGCUGCUAGUGCUCGGUGGUACGGUGCACCGGCGUGGCCGGGCGAGACGGGCGGCAUGGGGCGGCGGUAGCGGCGCGGAUGUGCGCGCGCUCGGAGGCGGUGGAGCUGGAGGUGCUGGGCGCGGAGGGCGAGCCGCGCCCGCCGCGCCCGCUGCGCCUCUCCCUGCUCGAGCUGCUGGGCAAGCUGGUGCGACGCGAGCCCGCGCCGCCGCACCGCCGCAACCGGCACAACCAUCGCUUCCGCACCUUCGUCUCCUGCGAGAAUGAACGGAGAAUCAAAGCUAACAAUAGGGAGUACAAUGCCCAGUUCCGUUACGCUAACAACUACAUCAAAACAUCGAAGUAUUCGAUCAUAACGUUCCUGCCGCUGAAUUUGCUGGAGCAGUUUCAGCGGCUAGCCAACUUCUACUUCCUGUGCCUGCUGGUGCUGCAGCUGAUCCCCGCGAUCUCGUCGCUCACGCCCAUCACCACCGCCAUCCCGCUCAUCGGCGUGCUCGCGCUCACCGCCGUCAAGGACGCCUACGACGACUUCCAACGUCACCAAAACGAUUCCCAGGUGAAUCACCGGCGCGCGAAGACGCUGCGCAAUGGCAAGCUCGUGGAAGAGAAGUGGGCGUCUGUUCAGGUCGGAGACGUCAUCCGGCUGGAGAACGACCAGUUCGUGGCCGCCGACAUCCUGCUGCUCAGCAGCUCGGAGCCCAAUGGGCUCUGCUACAUUGAGACUGCUGAGUUGGAUGGGGAGACGAAUUUAAAAUGUCGUCAGUGCCUUUUGGAGACGGCCGCGAUGAGCCAGGACGACGCACAACUGGGCGCCUUCGACGGCGAGAUCGUCUGCGAGACACCCAACAACCUACUUAAUAAGUUUGAUGGCACGCUGACUUGGCGCGAGCGAGUGUUCUCUCUGGACAACGACAAGAUCCUCCUGCGGGGCUGCGUGCUGCGCAACACCUCGUGGUGCUACGGCGUGGUCGUGUUCGCCGGCAAGGACACCAAGCUCAUGCAGAACUCCGGCAAGACCAAGUUCAAGCGCACCAGCAUAGAUAGGCUACUUAAUUUUCUUAUUAUAGGGAUAGUGUUCUUCCUGCUGUCAAUGUGCGUGUUCUGCACGGUGGCGUGCGGCGUGUGGGAGUGGCUAGUGGGGCGCCAUUUCCAAGCGUAUCUGCCGUGGGACUCGCUGGUGCCCGUGGAGCCUGUCUCUGGCACCGUGGUCAUCGCGUUCCUCGUGUUCUUCUCUUACGCCAUCGUUAUGAACACUGUUGUGCCUAUAUCGCUAUACGUUUCCGUCGAAGUAAUAAGGUUUGCGCAGAGUUUCCUCAUCAACUGGGACGAGAAGAUGUAUUACGACAAGACGGGGACGGCCGCCAAGGCGCGCACCACCACGCUCAACGAGGAGCUCGGUCAAAUCCAAUACAUAUUCUCGGACAAAACGGGCACGUUGACACAGAACAUAAUGACGUUCAACAAGUGCUCGAUCGCGGGCGUGUGCUACGGCGACGUGGUCGACGAGCAGACGGGCGAGGCCCUAGAGCUCAACGAGAGCACGCAGCCGCUGGACUUCUCGUUCAACCCCGAGCACGAGGCGGACUUCAAGUUCUUCGACGGGUCGCUGCUGCUGGCCGUGCAGCGCGGCGACCAGCACGUGCACGACUUCUUCCGGCUGCUCGCGCUGUGCCACACCGUCAUGCCGGACCAGAAGAACGGCCGGCUCGAGUAUCAGGCGCAAUCACCAGACGAGUCAGCGCUGGUGUCCGCCGCUAGGAAUUUCGGUUUCGUGUUCAGAGAACGCGCGCCUAAUAGUAUUACUAUAGAAGUUAUGGGUAAGACAGAGGUGUAUGAAUUGUUGUGUAUAUUAGAUUUUAAUAAUGUUAGGAAAAGAAUGUCCGUGAUAUUGAGGAAGGAUGGUGAAAUUAGGUUAUAUACAAAAGGUGCUGAUAACGUAAUAUAUGAAAGGUUAAAAGGAAACCAGGACGGAGUCAAGUCGAGAACGCAGGAGCAUUUGAAUAAAUUCGCGGGCGAGGGUCUACGCACGCUGGCGUUAGCGUGGCGGCCGCUAGACGAGCGAGGCUUCGCGGAGUGGAAGCGGCGGCACCACACAGCCGCGCUGGCCUUACACGACCGCGACGAGCAGCUCGACGCCAUCUACGAGGAGAUCGAGACCGACCUGCUACUGCUCGGUGUUACAGCAAUUGAAGACAAAUUACAAGACGGAGUACCUGAAACGAUAGCGAACCUUAGCAUGGCGGGCAUCAAAAUAUGGGUGCUUACUGGAGACAAGCAAGAGACGGCGAUAAACAUCGGUUACUCGUGCCAGCUGCUGACGGACGACAUGGCGGAGGUGUUCGUGAUCGACGGCGUCGCGCACGACGACGUGGAGCGGCAGCUCGCCAAGUGCCGCGACUCCAUCCGCGUCGUCAACACCUUCCUGCCGCCCGGUGAGAAUUACUUACGGAUUGGUUGUGCGUUAAGCCUAAACUGCGUCGACAUUAGUAUAGAAUGUGACUGAAGGUCUACCUCAAUGAACGCUGGCAACCUGACUCCAAGACCCCUCAACGCGCCCGCCGUCUCCGUCGUCACAUUUAGGUGGGAACAUAACAUGCAUGACAACGAGUACGCGGCGGGCGGCGGGCCGGCGUCGGCCGACUCGCACGAGCACGGCAACGACGACACCAACGGGUUCGCCAUCGUCAUCAACGGACACUCUUUAGUCCACUGCCUGCACCCCAAGCUCGAGGAAAAGUUUCUAGAGGUGGUGCUGCACUGCCGCUCGGUGAUCUGCUGCCGCGUGACGCCGCUGCAGAAGGCCAUGGUGGUGGAGCUGAUCAAGAAGGCGCGCCGCGCCGUCACGCUCGCCAUCGGCGACGGCGCCAACGACGUCUCCAUGAUCAAAGCGGCGCACAUCGGCGUGGGCAUCUCCGGGCAGGAGGGCAUGCAGGCCGUGCUGGCGGCGGACUACUCCAUCGCGCAGUUCCGCUUCCUGCAGCGGCUGUUGCUGGUGCACGGCCGCUGGUCCUACUACCGCAUGUGCAAGUUCCUGCGAUACUUCUUCUACAAGAACUUCGCCUUCACCGUGUGCCACUUCUGGUUCGCGUUCUUCUGCGGGUUCAGCGCGCAGACGGUUUUCGACGAGAUGUUCAUCUCGGUGUACAACCUGUUCUACACGUCGCUGCCGGUGCUGGCGCUGGGCGUGUUCGAGCAGGACGUGUCGGACGCCACGUCGCUGCAGUUCCCCAAGCUCUACGCGCCCGGACACACGUCCCAGCUGUUCAACAAGACGGAGUUCAUCAAGUCCACGCUGCACGGCUGCUUCACCUCGCUAGUGCUGUUCCUCAUCCCCUAUGGUACUUACAAGGAUGGACUGGCGCCCGACGGCAAGAUCCUCUCCGACCACAUGCUGUUGGGAAGCGUCGUGGCUACGAUACUAAUCAUAGACAACACGACACAGAUCGCCCUGGACACGACGUACUGGACGGUGUGCAACCACGUGACCAUCUGGGGCUCGCUGGUGUCCUACUUCGUGCUGGACUACUUCUACAACUACGCCAUCGGCGGGCCGUACGUCGGCUCGCUCACGGUCGCGCUCACGCAGGCCACCUUCUGGUUCACGGCUGUGCUCACUAUGAUAAUCCUGAUGGUGCCGGUGGUGUCGUGGCGGCUGGCGUGGUCGGUGACGCGGCCCACGCUGGCGGAGCGGCUGCGCGCGCGGCAGCGCUGGCGCGAGGCGGCGCCCGCGCCGCGCACGCCCUCCGCGCGCCGAGUGCGCCGCUCCAUGCGCUCCGGGUACGCCUUCGCGCACCAGGAGGGCUUCGGGCGCCUCAUCACGUCAGGCAAGAUCAUGCGGCGCAUCCCGCACGCGGACGCGGCGCUGCACGCGCUGGCCGCGCUGCCUGGCAAGUUCAGCGCGCGGCCCGGCACGCCGCCCGCCGAGCCCGAUCCCACUUCCCCCGCCUCCCCCACCUCCCCCACUUCCCCCAACUCCCCCGGCACGCCGCCCAGCCCCAGGGCGCCCAAGCAGGACCUCGACUCCGUCGACUUAUGAGCGCCGCCGCCGCCGACCCGCGGGACUGUAGUUCGCUAGUGCCCGUGUGUGCGAGUAAC